AAAACAUACAACACUAGGGAUUCGCUGGUGGUCACCCACCCAACUACUAAUCUAGCGCUUUCCAGCUUGUCUAUGGGAGAGCGGACGGGAUCCCGAAUUUUCUGGAGGCUAUGGUCGUAUGUGGUACAAAUGUCUCGUACAGAAGUAUAUAAUAAACGUUGUAAGGUUUGUGCACUGAGCAGUCGAGGAAGACGUCGUCGACCUUUGUCCUGCCCCACUGCUUGUCAUACUACACCAUCAGUCUCCGUUAACAGGAACUCCUUCAAAAUCAUGGCCUCUAUUGGUUCCAGAAAAUUCAGCUUUCCAUGGUUGACCCGGCUAUUUCCAUCUAACUGUUUGGUACCAUUUAACGUAACAGAGACUAGCGCUUGUAAUAUCAACAGCAACUGCAACAGGGCAAUUUCUCUAGGUUAG